ACUCAACCUCUCAUUCCAACAUAAAUACUUCUCCAUCUUCAUAUCUUCUCUUUGCUUCUCUAUAUUUUCUCUCUCCUAUUUUUUCUCUCUUCACUUCCUUUUCCGGUCACAAUUUCCGGGAUCUUCUAAUUAUCAAAUCAUACCACAUUGUUUUUGUUUUUUCUAGUAGGUUUCGGAGAAUUUUUUUUAAUUUAUAAAUAAGAGAAGGGGUUCCUCUAAAUUUCAUCCAUCACACACUGGGUUUUUUAUUUCACAAAAGUUUUUAGUAAUUUCUUUGACUAAUUUUUGAGAAUUUCUUUUUGUUUUUUUUUCACUCAGAUUCAUCACUUACUCCGAGGCAAAAUCUCUUAAAUUUUGAUAAAUUCAAGGCAUCUUCUUAUAUUUUAAAAUUCAUUGAAUCAGUCCCCAUUUGUUUGUUGGUUUGUUUAGUUGCUUAAAUUUCCUGGUUAUUGCCUCAUAAUCACAAUAAUCACAUACAGAGAAUAAAUCUGGAUGAGUGGGAAAGAUUGAAACUUUGGGGUUCAAUAAAUGGUGGGAAUUGUUGAAAAGAAGCCAAAAACACAAGAAUUUAAAGUAAUCAUGUGUAAAGUCGAGGAAUCAUCAAGUGAGUUAAUCCGGGAAAGAAAAGGUGCUAACAAUGGUGGUAACGGCGGCGGUGGUGGUGGUGGUGGAGGGGAGAGAGAAUGGAAGAUGGAUAUAAAGUUGGAAAAUAUAUUGGGUGAUUCAUCAAAAGUUGAUAAAUUAAGAGCAUCAAUGGCGGCAAAUCAUCGAUCUAGAAGAUUGAAGCAAUGGGCAAUUAGGGGUUUUAUGACACUAUUUUUGUGGGUAUGUUUGCUAAUAUGUACUACAAUGAUUGAUACUUGGAAACCAACUGUGAUGAAAGGUUGGCCUAUUAGUUGCUUCCAGAAUAAAGGUUUUGAUGAACCUAUGAAUGUUGUUGAUGUUGCCCUGCCCAAAAUCGCUCGACCCCCUAAAAGGGUUUAUAAGAACAAUGGUUAUCUUAUGGUGUCCUGCAAUGGUGGACUUAAUCAAAUGCGUGCCGCGAUAUGUGAUAUGGUUGCCAUUGCAAGAUAUCUGAAUGUCACCUUGAUUGUCCCAGAGUUGGAUAAAACAUCAUUUUGGAAGGAUCCUAGUGAUUUCCAAGACAUUUUUGAUGUUGACCAUUUCAUUAAUUCAUUGAGAGAUGAAGUUCGGAUAUUGAAAGAGUUGCCUCCACAUAUGAAGAGUCGAAUUGAAGAAAAGCCGGCUCAUUCAUUGGCUCCGGUUAGCUGGUCCGACCUUUCAUAUUAUAAUAACCAGAUCCUUCCAUACUUUAUGAAGAAUAAAAUUGUACAUUUGAAUAAGACUGAUGCGCGGCUUGCGAAUAAUGGGUUGCCUCUGGACAUUCAAAAGUUACGGUGUAAGGUGAAUUUUCAGGCAUUGAAAUUCACUCCUCAAAUUGAGGAAUUGGGGGAUAGGGUUGUCAGCAUCCUGAGGAAAAAGGGCCCGUUUCUGGUGCUUCAUCUUCGAUAUGAAAUGGAUAUGUUAGCUUUCUCAGGCUGUACUCAAGGUUGCACUGCAGAUGAGGCUAGAAAUCUGACAGAAAUGAGGUACUCGUACCCUUGGUGGAAGGAAAAGAUCAUAGACUCGGAUGCUAAACGACGAGAUGGCCUGUGCCCGUUGACCCCUGAGGAAACAGCCUUAACCCUCAGUGCACUUGGGAUUGAUCGAAAUAUCCAAAUUUAUAUUGCUUCUGGAGAAAUAUAUGGAGGGAAAAGGAGAAUGGCCAGCUUAGCUUCAUCUUUCCCCAAUUUGGUGAGGAAGGAGACCCUACUUGAACCAUCAGACUUGAGAUUUUUCCAGAAUCACUCGUCUCAGAUGGCUGCAUUAGACUAUUUGGUCUCAUUGAAGAGUGAUAUAUUUGUUCCUACAUAUGAUGGAAAUAUGGCUAGAGUUGUUGAGGGACACCGCAGAUAUCAGGAUUUCAAGGAGACAAUAUCUCUGGAUAGGAAGCUCCUGGUUCAGUUGAUUGAUGAAUACAGUGACGGAUCAUUGGGUUGGGAUGAAUUCUCAUCUGCUGUGAAGGCAGCUCAUGCUGACCGUAUGGGAAGCCCACAUACCCGAACUGUGAUUCCAAAUAAACCUAAAGAAGAGGAUUAUUUCUAUACCAAUCCAUAUGAAUGCUUGGAACAACAACAACCAGAUGAAGCAUUGCAAAUCGCGUGAAAAUUCUUUAGUCUCUCUCUCUUUCUUCCAUGCUGAUGGGAUGUUCCUUUUAAACAUUCAGAUGCAACUUUUGUACAUUUUGCAUCGUGCACACACAUACACACACCGGUGACCUCCUCUCCCCCCAUACACUGAUACACUACACAGGACAGGUAUAAGCAAAAUACACAAGGGCUGAUUUUAAGCUAUAAGACCAACUUAGGCUUGCUUCAGCAGAUGAUGAACAUAUUUUUUAAUCUUAGCUAAUAAGUUUAUUUACAUGUAUAGAGAAACCUAGCUUGGUAUUUUCAUAGGUUAUCCUGAUAUGAAUGAGCCACAGUUGUAGACUACAGCUUGCAUAUACAGGGUCAUUCAAAUUUUUGUAAUUCUUUUUUUCUUUUUCCCAUUCUCCAUGUUAUUUAUACUGAAUUGUAUGGAUUUCGAAGCAUUUCUUAGAAGAAAAGCUCCCGAAUCUGAAUAAUUCUAAACUUCAAAUUGAUCAUACCGAGCAUGAGUUUAUGAUUUUGCA